CUUUCUGCUUGACGGAGUCGCACAAACAGCCUUAACAGAGCUAGGCUUUGCUUGCUCUCUCUCUCUCUCUCUCUCUCAUGGCGGCUUUGAGGGGAAUGUCUCAAAACCUGCACAGAUAUAUCUCUCAUCCAAGCCCUAACAUUUAUCCAGCUCAGCUCAUCUUCUUCAGAGGAAUUGCUUCCAAGCUUUUCGUCAAAGAUAUAUCGUUCUCCACCACAGAAGAGACAUUAGCCGAAGCGUUUUCAAAAUUUGGUGAAGUUACUGAAGCUAACAUAGUAAUGGAUAAAGUCAGAAACAGAUCAAAAGGUUAUGGGUAUGUGACUUUUGCUAAAGAGGAUGAAGCCCAGAAGGCGUUGAUGGACAUGAAUGGGAAGUUGCUAGAUGGACGUGUCGUUUUUGUGGACAAUGCAAGGCCCAGUAGGCAUUUCAAUUCUGGUAUGCCAAUAGCAAGAGGACCCCCGGAGCCGGCAGCUGAUAGCUGAUACUACCCUUUAAUUUAUUAUUUUUUUUUUUUAAUAUUUGGAAGGCUGCAUGAAUGGUUUAGAUAAUUUUAUUUUUAGCUUGUUUACUUUUCUUGCUUCAAUAGGCCGGAUAUCCCUUUCAAAACCAACUCUUUCCAUUGAGUUUUAUUUAGCAUUUGAUGGCACAUAUUUAUCCUGUGGAAGAUGCAAAUCGCAGCAAAACAUAUAUGGCGUCAUGACGAAACCACUGUAAAGAGUUGAAUGAUUUUGUUAGUUAUUUUUCCCCUGCUAGUUGGCAUAGCUUGCCUUUGAGUUCUUAGGACAAUGAGUUUGCUAGUCAGGAGUGUUUCCAGGUGGAUAACAACUCUCUGCUCUGAGUUUUGCUCUCUAUGGUUGUUCUUCGCAUCCAAGUUUCUACUGACAGAACAGUUGCAGCAAAUUUAUAUUGCUGACGAAAUUCACAUUAUAUUGUUGAAGUGGGAUUGAAAAGUCAAAAAAGAUGGUUUGGGUUCA